AAGUAUUUAUAUACAUAUUUUUCGUAGUCGGUACAGUUUAAGCACUUCUGAAAUUUAAAUCGCCUAGUAACACAUAAAAACGUGCUCCAUUUCUAGCUCUUGAGUCAUACAAAUUGCAUUUAAUUAGAUGAAAAAAAUAAUUUAUGAAUCCACCUCCUUAAGCUCUAAUGGUUAAAUUUGACUUGAGGGGAAAAUCGACAAAAAUUACAGUUGAAUUGAAAAUUGUCAUUUUAAUAAUAAAAUGGCGGAUAACGUGAAAAUAGUUAUAUUAGAUGAAAACAAAUACAAUGUGACUAGAAAGAAUUCAACUAUAAGAUGUUUUCAUUGAAAGACAAAAAGUGGGGGAAAGAACCGACACAAUUGCGAACAAUAUGGUCUGUGAAAAAAAUAGUUUCGUUGUUAUCUGCUUUAUGAAGUAUUCAAAACAAAUACAGAUUGAAACUGAACAUCAUAUUAUUUGAUCUUCAGUACCACAAUCAAAUUUUGUGCAAAUAUAAAGAUGGUUUAUCUUUAUUUUAUCUGAACAUAGUUUGUCAUUGACCCAUGCUUCAUGUUAAAGUGCUUUUUGUUAUCGGAUGAAAAAGAACUUGUAACAUUGUGUCAAUUUGUUUCCAUAUGCGUAACCUUGAGAUGUAAUCUUAAUAAUAUAAUUAUUUAAUGACAAGCAGAUUGUAUAAGUAAAAUAGUUGAUUUUCUUACUUCGUAAAAUCAUCACAAGGCGGACAAGUCACACUCUUUCGGAUGAUUUCGUAAAAAGCAUGAUAUACAAUUCUCCGCGCCAUGUUGGAUUUACACUGAAGAAAGGUACAAUAAAGUAGUGUACAAAGGAUGUUUAAUCAUGACUGGCUAAGACGAUGGACAAUUAAACGAACGAUAACAAUACGGUAAGUCUGCAUUCUGAAAUACAUGCGCUUGUAUUGUUCAUAAAAUCAAAAUAAGCUGAUGAAAUAUCCUGCAAUAUAAAGCUAGAUGCUUUUCGCAUCUUAAUACGGAAUGUAAAUGAUAAAUUUAUGGAUUAUAAACUCAUGUUCACUUCUUUUUACACCGGUUUGUGUUCGAUGAAAGGGAGAAGUAUUGAGGAUGCUACUCGCUCUGCACCGUGCCCUCCCCCGAUGAUACCAUACUUGGAAUUCCGAGAUCAUGCUCUUAACAACAGUUUGUUGUUAAAAGAUGUUUGUAUAAUCGCCAGAAGAUGUUAUACAAAUAGUAUACUUUUUGAAACAGACUGUCCAAUCAUACAGACUCCCUGCACGACAAGAAGUACAACCACACCGACAACCAAUCAGACAAGCACCACAAUAACAACCUUAGUAGUAAUAAUUGUUGUAGUUAUUAUAAUUGGUAUCUGGAUAUUAUCAUAUAUCGCUUAUAGAAAAUUUAGGAAGAGAAGGGCCAAGUAUUCAAUAAGCAAACAUUGCAGAAAAGAACAAACAACUAACGAUGACAUACAAUGUCCAGAAACAAGUACUCAUUUAUUGGAAAACGAUAAAGAUAUCAAUAGGAGUGAAUCAGUGUUGUAAAUAACUGUCUGAAAGAAAAAUGAAUUUUGAAGAAAGUUAACAAAAUUAUGAGCAAAAUUUCGGAAAUUACUGCAAAAGAUUAUACAAUAGCAUGUGUUCCGUUAAUCUGCACCAAAAACUGAUAUCGAAAAGAGGAAUGUGAGGAAAGAAGCUCGUGGUAAAGAGGUAAAGGAAACAAAUGUUCAAAAUAAAUGGAAGAGAAAUUCAUCUAAAAAUGAAUGAUGAUAAGGUUUCAAAAUGUAAAACAGUUAAGUAAGGAAUAGAGGUAAUACCAUUAAUAGCUAAUUAGCUAUACAGAUAACAUACGUUAUCAAAAGAAAACAGCUGACAACUUUUCGGCCCUUUCGAGAUGUUCCGAUUGCUUACAAUGUUAAUAUGUACAUGUAUUGAAACCAGUUCUAAAAAUUACCCGCAUUUUUCCCUAUUGA